UGGUGAAAACACACCGUAGAAAUGGCCGAGACGCGACGCGACGCGACCUGCUCCCUCCACCGACUCCCGUGGCAGCGGUCGCCUUAAGAGCGGGAGCGGCUACACGGCUACGAGGACGAACACCUCGCCUGCACUGCACCGACGAGAGAGCGCGCGCGCGUGUUCGUCCGAGCUUUUCUGCGGGCGCGCAUGCAGGAGGCGGGGCGACGGCCGGCGCCGCAGUUCGCGGGCGUGGACCUCCGCCGGCCGAAGGGGUACCCGGCGGCGGCGCAGCUGACGCCGGCGGCGGAGGAGGCGGCAGCCGGCGUGGGCGACCCGUGCCCGCGGUGCGAGUCGCGGGACACCAAGUUCUGCUACUACAACAACUACAACACGUCGCAGCCGCGGCACUUCUGCAAGUCGUGCCGCCGCUACUGGACCAAGGGCGGCUCCCUCCGCAACGUCCCCGUCGGCGGCGGCUCCCGCAAGAGCUCGACUUCCUCCUCCUCCGCCGCCGCCGCCGCCGCCUCAUCGUCGUCGUCGCCUUCUUCGCCAGCCAAGAGCCCCAAGCGCUCCAAGAACUCCAAGCGCCGCCGCGUCUCUCCGCCCCCUCCUCAGCCCGUGCCUGCGCCGCCGCCGCCCACCACCGCCGACGCUGCCGACGUAGCCGCACCGACGGCACCAGAAGCCACAACCAAGAAAGCCCCGGAAGACCUCACCGCGGCGGCAGCGACACAGCCGGCGGUGGCGCUCGGGCUCGGCGUCGCCGACGGCGGCGGCGGCGGGAAGGAGCACCUGGACACGAGCCCGUUCGAGUGGCCGUCGGGCUGCGACCUCGGGCCGUACUGGCCAACCGGCGUGUUCGCCGACACCGAUCCAUCACUGUUCCUUAACCUGCCAUGACAAGCCUCUCCCGGACGAACGAGAGGAUGGUUAGCAAAAAACUUCCAAGUUUUAUCGAUCAAGUUCUUGAUUUCACCUCUGCUCCAUCUCAGUUUCAUCAGAUUCUAGUUUAUUUUCCAAUCCAAAUGCUAACUUAGGAGGAAGAUGAACGAACUAUGUAAUUAUUAAAUCUGAGCUACAAGAUUUAUUAUCACUUAAGUUUGCAAGGAUAAUUAUCUCCGAUGUAUGUGUGAAUUUGUUAUUGUAUUAAAGUCGGCGAUAUCACCCAUCA